AUGACUGCACACGCACCAUUGGCGAGAGUGCCCUUCGCACCGCUCGACAACCCUCGUCUGCAGCAUCUUGCCAAUGCUAAGAAUCGCCAGAAUGGCCUCAUUGCACAGAAGUCGUCAGCUCUGAACGGCAAGCCCAACAUCAUCUCCACCAAGAGCGUGCUCUCGCCCGUCAAGAGGUCCUUCGAGGAUGACUUCGACAGCGAGAAUGUCGACCCGGCGGUCUUCGACUCGCCAUCGAAGAAGACUAAGAGUGACUUGUUCGAUAAGCCAGUGAAGCCGUUCACCUUCAACAUCACGCCUCAGAAGUCCAUGCCGCCACCACCUACGAUCCCAUCACGACUCUCGACCCCUGCCAGAGCCAACAUGUCGUCGCCGCGUGCUCCAAUGACUGCACCAGCCGGUCGUUCUCCUCAGCGGAAGAUGGCAGGUAUCAGCAAGAACCGACGCGUUUCGGCUCCAUUCUCGCGUAUCGAUCCGCCUGGAGGUCGUGUUGGAUCGACUCUGCCGUUCAGUCUCGACGCUGCACUAAGUGGCACUCUGACAUCCGAGCCCAAGGUUGCUGCCGGCGCCACGAUCCAGGAGAGCAUGCCCAAGAGCUGGUUCUUCGAGAUCUACGAGGACACGCCAGAGGAAGAAGCUGCCAACCUCAUGGAGCACAGCACGCUGACGCUGGACCUGAGCUCGGAUGACGAGUGUGUCAAGAAGGAGAAGAGCGAUCGUGGCAAGGAGAACACGCCGCCAGAGGGAUACGAUGCACCCACCGCCUCACAACCUGCUCCGAAGCAGAUCAAGAAGACGGAGAUCAUCAGGAAGAAGGUCGUGACGGAGGAGAUGGAUGAUGGUGAGCGUUCGCCGUUGUGCUCUCUCGAGACCGACCCCUUCAUCCCAGAAGGACUUGACAAGGACUCUCACGUCGUCGUCGAUGAGGUGCAGAAGACCGAAGCCAAGGAGCUCUUCACUGCGCCUGUCCCGUUCACGGCCGGCGAGAAGAAGUCGUCGAGCGUAGUCGUCGAUGGCAAGGGCGACGUCAAGGGCGAGAUCAUCGUCUGGGAGGACACGGAUGUUUAG